AUCCGGGAGUUCGGUUGCGGUUUCGUGCGGUGUGGUGCUGGCGAUGGUGGUGCACAACAGAGGAAGAUAUCUCGCGGUGUGUUGUUUUGUGUUUUAUCUGUGUGUCGCCCUCCCCCCGGUAUAUCAUAUAACCGAUAUAGUGGCGUAGCGCUGCCUUUGUUGGUAGCCACGCAACGCCAUUCCCUGCCCACUACACGUAAUAUUGUGCACCCCGGAAUACGUCACCAUCGAAUCGCCCAUUUUCGUCCGCAACGCCACGGUUUGGCCUUGGGCCCGCGUAUCCGCGGAAUCGCGCUUCGGUGAUUGGCGAAGGUGAAGGUGAAGGCGGAAGCGCGCGCGUGAGAAAGAGCGACGCGUCAAUUGACGAAGCUCCCCGACGGGGGUGGUUCCGGGGGGUGGCUGUGACGGAAUCGCCGGCGGCUGCGGCUGCCGAUGCUGCUGCGUGAGGUAUUCGCAUUCUCGGCUCCUUCGUGCGUGCGUGUGAAGUACGUAGUUUCGCGCCGCUAGCGCCCGUGCAUUGCACCGCGCCCACCCAUCUGGCCCCCCAGCAUCCAACCGUAUCCAAACAGGCGGGGGUGAGGUGCCUCUCCGGUUGUGCGUUCACGCUCGUGUGUGUGUGUGUUUGUGUGCGAGUUUGUGAUUAGAGUGCGUCACUGUGCCCGUGGAAAGCCUGGGAUAAAUAAAAAGUGGAAAAGCCAACCCCAUCCACUACCGCGAGAUGUGGGCGAGGUAUUGGUGAAGCAGUGAAACAGUAAACAAGAUAUCCGGUGAAAAUUGCAUCGAAGCGGAGGCGCUCAACCACGGAGUGGAGGUGGUGGGAGUUGGUAUUUUUUUUAGUGGUUCCCGGUACGAGUCUGUGUCUGGCCGCCCAACGGCCCAUCAAUUGCAACGCUGAAAGGAGGAGACCAAUCCAAGCGACCAUUGGCGAAAAGUGGAUUCGGCUCACAACGUUGGGAGUAAAUUGAAGGCAUCUCCGUAUGAGGGAGUGUAGCGUUUAGUAUCGUGGGGCGUCAUCAUCGCAUCGCAAGGAAGGAAGUCGAAGCUUUUUGUGUUAAAGGAUUCGAAGGUGUAUCGCCGAGCUUCUUUGUCUCACCAAACAAACUGUAAAUACGCUUGGUGACAAUACUUUGGUCCAGUGUAAAGAGAAGUUGUGGAAAAUCGUGUAAAAAUGAAGGCAAACGGUACGCGUACGGUUGUGGAGCUAUCGAGGAGCAAAACCGCCAGCACAGUCGGUUACCACCGGCGAGACACCGAUAACCGCAUCCUCGGCGGAUCAGUAAAACGGAACCACCAACAGCUGCAACAGCAGCAACAACAGCAGCUGCUCGACCAUCAACAACCGUUUUGUGGCAGUACAUAUUCGUAUCAGCAGGUACAACAUGGGCAGCGAACGCCAGCGAACGAGUUGGAAGAACAUCGUCGGCCACCGACCAAGCAGCGCAUGUCGCUCCACUCUGUCGCGAAACCGAAACUAGUGCCACGGUUUACGCGCCUUCAAGUGUUAAGAAUUAUCAAAUUAGCGACGAUGGACAAGCUAGCAGAUGACCCGGCCGGUGCCAGUAUUCGGCAACAGGCGGCACCCGGUGGCGAAGGAGAGGGAGUCGGAGUCGUCGGAGUAAAGCGGGAAGGUGACGGACCGUCGGACGAGUACCAUCAUCAGUUCUACAACACUGGCCGGAUAGGGCGCCGAAACGCGCUGCCAGACAUCCUGGGGACACACUGCACGACGACCACGGCCGACCUUUCGUCGCAACUGGGAGCCCUCUCUACCUCCGAAUGUACCGGUAAAUCACCAGAAGAAGGAAACCUAGCACCAGCGAACAACGGGGCACAGCCGCCUACGACGACGGCAACGUAAGAGGACGUCAUGAGGAUGACCACGGCGGCUCUGCCAUCCACCAAUGGGCACGGGGACCACCGUAACUCAAGCUCGCUCGAUCCAUCAAACAAAGCUUCUCCUUCUUUACACUCUGUCCGCUAAGCCAAAGAUAAUUUUGUAAAGGGAUAGAGAGAGAGGCAGAGAGACAGAGAGGCAGAGAGCGAGAGACAAGCAAAGAGUCCGCGCGCGCCUGUGUGUGCGGCAGUAAAGGACAGAGUGAUAGUAGUAUAUCCUUGCAGCGGUCUCUGCUGCACCACGGUAGGAACAGGAGACGCGACAUCGAUGGCGAUGAGGUAUUGGGCUUCGAUCGACUACGAAGCCUUCUGCUCCGUGCGCUACUGCAGUAGGCAGUAGCCAUUCUGUCGACAGCCCUGAUUACCCCUUCCCGCCUGUCUGCACCGACCGAGACGAUUAUGUUGUCAACCAACAAUAAUACUUAUUACAUUGUGAUGUGAGCGAAGGGUGGGCCGGUAGUAUGCUACCCGGUCGAGUUGUAACGAAUUGACGAGGCUUGUUGUGAGGCCAAUGAAACGGGAGGGCGUCUGAGGACGAGCAUCAUCCGGGUUUAGUCCUUCGGCACUGUCAGCGUGCGAACCAGCGGAUGCGAUAUAUGUUACUAUUAUUACUACUCCUACCACUACUACUACCAGUUGCACACAUAAAUGCACACACAUAUACACAUACAUACACACAGACACAUUCACCACUAGCCACUAUAUGUUCCUUUGGCAGAUAUUUAGCAUACUCCGCGGCAGCCAGUGGUUGGAGAUUUACAUUGUUCCCUUGUUUUACGGUAACUUCCACGCCUGUCUGGCUAUUCUCAUCGAACCUGAGAGAAACACGGACGGGGCUCUCUGGUACGAGAGGUACAAGAAUCUAGCUCCCUAACAGUACAAACCCCAACACCCGGUCCCGGUUGAAGGCAUGUAAUGUUUGGUUCCUUUCGGUUUGCGGUUCUUCCAACGUGCGCAAACCGGUUAAACCGUAUCAGUAUAUCUUUUGUAUCCUUUACCUUAUGUUUCUGAAUUUAUCUCCAUUGGACGGAUCCUUGAUGGAGAACCGCUAGCGAUAAACUUAUAGUUUAAGUUUAGCGUAGAUGUAGAGAGGAGGGUUAAUUCUUGAAGAGAAAUACGGCCGGGAGGAAUGCUGUGGGCAAAGUUGCGGAGAGUGUUGUUGCAGCAGCUGCACGCUGUUGGCAUUGUCUAUUUGUUCCUUGAAAUUCCAAACGAAAACCAAACAAGCAGGGGACCUAGUGUUGUCCUGUGUUUCAGGAGUCUAAUUUUGCUGUGUUUAGUUGCGGAGAAGCUUUUGGGUUGUUCAUGUAAAAUCUCUCGUUUCCUCACUCAUCCCUCAUCUUUCCCUCAUCUCGUUCUCUGCCUUCUGUUCUUGCUCUCUCUCUAUCUAGCCAGUAAUUUAGCUAACAUUAGCAUAUUGCUUUGAACUGUGUAGCGGGAAGUAAGUGGUCGUCCAGAGUAUGGUCGAGUAUUGGCGGAGGGGGAUUAAUGCGAGUAUCGGUCGCAUGCCUGGCAGAUCUUUGAUGUGCUUUUGUUAAACGUAUUCAGUUUGAUUUAAGACCGCGAAGGGUUGAAGGCGCAUCGUUGGUUCUAAUUGGUGAACCGUAAACCGAACCAACAUUAUUAUGUGUAUGUGUGUAAGUGUCUCUAAGUAUAAAGAGUAUUUCCAUGUGAUAAUUAGACCAACAAAACUAGCAAAACUCACCUUGCCUAGUGCGUGACAGUGCCAGUGCGGUGUACUAAUUCAUCCAAUACUUUACUUAAAUGCUUGGCUCUCUAUCUUCUAACCGUGUACACCAUACGACGAGCUAACCAAAACACACACUCGCUCUUCCGCUGGCGCAUGCUAAAAUGAUAAUAUCGUUUCGUUCAUAUCGCAAGUUUGUGCAUAAGCCUAUCGAUUGCUUUGGUUCACUUUAAGCAAGCAAAUGCGCACCGUACUAGCAAAGCUUUUUUGAAUGUUGUCUAAAGAGUGUCGUAGAGCGAGGGGGGCAUGACCGUCGAGAAGAAAAAAACAAUGGUAGAUUAACGUUAACAGAAACUCCAGAUGACUGUGUAUAAGGGCUCGAAGUGGAAGCAGGUGGAGCAUACCGAUACUUGUCGAUUAAAGAAUGUUCAGGAAGGAAGAGAGAGGACUUGCGAUAAUAAGAGAGACACGAGAUGAUGCGCACCGGACGAUACCAAAAGUCAUUGUUAUUUAUGUGUCAAUUGUGAACAACAAAAAUCAAAGCAAACAUUGCGAACAGAAUUUGUAAUAUCGCGUACUCGUAGGCUAUAUUCUUGUAGAGCGAGCAGGUGAUUUGAAAUCGAAACCCCCGUUUCCGGUUGACGGAAAUAGAAGAGAAAGUGAUGGAGAGAAACGAGCAAGGAAGGUGAAACAAUUGUAAACCAAAUUUACAAAAAAGCUAUACAAUUAUAUUGGCAACGAUGUGUGAGUGAUGCGGGAUGCCUGGGGGUUAGAUAACAAUUGGGUGGGUGAUGUUGUAACAAACGAUUUGCACACGCGUAAGGCGGGAUCGGUGAGGAACAAGCGGGUGCCCAGCCCAAAACAAUAAACAUACAUUCGGUGUGAGUUUUGUUGCUAAUAUUAUAAAAAACAACACCCUUAUCUAUGCUAGCUCGAAAUGAUCGCUGGUAAAUUGAGCACCGAAGCCUGUCAGUUGGACGAUGCGUACGAGGGGAAGUGUCGCUAGAGCAGCAGCAGCUGGCGCUGUGUAUAGUACACAGCGGUAAUAAUUUAACCUUCGUUGACACCAUCAUUGAUUACACACGCAUUAAAUACACUACAUAGUUUGUGGGACAAAGUGUGUAUAAACUGUAAGAAGGGUCAUAUUUAUAUUAAAAGAACGGAAAAUGAUCGUAUGUAUUACUGACGAAUAAAAGAAACGUUUAUG